AACUGUCAAACAUAUGGAUUAUUUAUGGUGGAAGGUUCGUGCCGCAGUGUAAAAUUCACAGUCUUUAUUUAUUUUCAUGUAUUUUGCUAUAUUUUUUGAAUUGUAAUCAUGAUGGAGGGUUCAUUAAGUAAAUGGACGAAUGUGAUGAAGGGGUGGCAGUACCGGUGGUUCGUGCUGGACGAAAAUGCUGGCCUGCUUUCUUAUUACACGUCUAAAGAGAAAAUGACCCGAGGAGUUAGAAGAGGCUGCGUGCGGCUGAGGGCAGCUGUCAUAGGCAUCGAUGAUGAAGACGACUCCACCUUCACCAUCACCGUAGACCAUAAGACGUUUCACUUCCAGGCCAGAGACGGCUCAGAGAGAGAGAGAUGGGUGCGUGCACUAGAGGACACUAUAGCCAGGCACGGCAGACGGGAGCGGUGGUCGCGGUGCAUGCCCGCGCCCAGGCACAGGCACGGAGACCUGGAGAGGAGGAUAUCCGAGGCUGACGCUUAUCUACAGAUUAUGAUCGAGCUAGUUUCUAAAAUGAGUGUCCGCGUGUCGGAGCUAGCUGAUCCACACGAAAAGAACAAAGGACAAGUUAUAUUAGACCAUUCCAAUGUCAUGCUGGACAAUAUAAAACAUUCCAUUGUACUGCUACAAAUAGCUAAGAACACAGUAAAUCCAGUAAACGGAGUAUAUACGGGACCUACGAACCCUUCACAAUCACAUAUCAAACAAGACGCGGAACUGUCGCCCCGCGUGGAGUUGGGCGCGGAGUGUCGCGAGCUGGCCACGCCCACACACCCCCUCCCGCCACUCGAACACCUGGAAGCUCCUCCGAUGUCCCUGCUGGUGCCGGACACGUCGUACUCGUCGUCGGAGGGCGAGGACGACUUCUACGACGCUGACGACGCGCCCGCCGAUACCGUGCUGCCGGGACCAAGCGCUAGUCGCACUUGCCAGGCGGAGGGCGCGCCGGAGCAGGACUCCGCGCAGCCCACCGUCGACCUGCCACGCACCCGCGAUGGAGAGAUCGACUAUGAUGCGCUGUACGAGGACGAGUCGGACAGCGACCUCGGGUCUAUGGAGAACCAUGGGUCCGUGGUCACCCAUCUCCUGUCACAGGUCAAGAUUGGAAUGGAUCUCACUAAGGUUGUGCUACCGACAUUCAUACUAGAGAGGCGAUCGCUUCUAGAGAUGUACGCAGACUCCUUCGCACACCCUGACCAAUUUGUUAAGAUAGUAGACCAGCCGACGCCUCGCGAGCGCAUGAUCCAAGUGGUGCGCUGGUACCUGAGCUCGUACCACGCCGGCCGCAAGUCCCAGGUCGCCAAGAAACCGUACAAUCCCAUACUGGGAGAGGUGUUCAGGUGUCACUGGGACCUGGACGGCAUGCCCGAGAGCAACGCCACUAAUGAUAAGCAAGAAGUAGGUGACGGGCCGGUACCGUGGUGUUCUCCAGACCAGCUGUCCUUCGUAGCGGAGCAAGUGUCCCACCACCCCCCCAUAUCAGCGUUCUACGCGGAGCACGUGAACAAACGCAUACAGUUCGAAGCCUGGGUGUGGACCAAGAGCAAAUUCCUCGGCCUCUCCAUCGGAGUACACAAUAUUGGUAAAGGAACUGUGACGCUGUUGGAUACCGGAGAAGAAUAUACGCUUACAUUCCCUAAUGGAUAUGGCAGAUCAAUACUAACAGUACCCUGGAUAGAGCUCGGCGGGUCAGUGGUCAUAGAAUGCGUUCAGACGGGCCACAAGGCCAACAUAGAGUUCCUGACCAAGCCGUUCUACGGCGGCAAGAAACAUCGGGUCACGUGCGAAGUAUUCGCCGGAGCUGACAAGAAGCCCUACUACACUGCACAAGGAGAGUGGAACUCGAGAAUGGAUGGAAGAUGGACUGACUCUGGUCGUUCGGAAGUCCUGUUCGAGGUGAGCAGUAUGAAGGCGCGGCGCAAGCGCGUGGCGCCGGUAUCUAGACAACAGGCGCACGAGUCGCGGCGCGUGUGGCGCCACGUGACGUGCGCGCUGCGCGCCGCGGACUGCGACGCCGCCACCGCCGCCAAGCGCGCCGUCGAGCAGGCGCAGCGGGACGCCGUCAAGGCUAGAGACGCCAACGGGGAGAAGUGGAACACGCUGCUAUUCAGUCCUAAGGGCGAGGACGGGUGGGAGUACAUGACGCCGCUGUCCAAGCGUGUGCCCCCCGCCAAGACGACGCCACAACACAAAAACGGUGAAACGGCAGAGAACACUAGAUAAUCUACUCAAAUACCAACCUUGGACUAUUAGGAUAAGGUAGAAAUUCCUUUGUCACAGCAAAACGGACCUUGUAGGGUAGGACAAUGUUCACAGUGACGCACUGUUCCAAUGACACUACACUUCGGAUAUCUUCGGCAGUCGUCGGGUGUGAGAAGGAGAUGGGGAUAUCUGUCUUCUCUUUUCUAUAGUCGAAGUGUUGUGUCGUUUAUUUUAGGUAUCGGGAAAGUUGGACCGUUGUUGUCUCUUUUGCCAUAAUUUUACGGUUUUGGAUGUCGCGCAUGCUAUGGGGACUUGGAAAUAAUAAUAGUUAACUAACGAUACUAUAUGGUAGCCAGCAAAAAGGAAAGACUUGCAUUAAUACCUUUAUAGCUUUGCAUCAAAUAGAAUACCUCAAAUAGUAUCUUAAUCACCUUAGGUACUUACUCCAAAUCUGUCAAAAUGUCUUUAAUAGACUUUAAACUUUAUGUCAUUCGACAUAAGGUUUACAAUCUAUUAAAGAACGACAAUGUGAGAUAGCAAUAUAGGAGUGAAUGAAACAGCAUUAUACAAACCUUGCUUCAUAAAGAGACAAGUAAUAUGAGGUAAUUAAACAUGUUGUGUAUCGAUUAAUAUCGAUAUUUUAUUAAAACGAAACUGUAACUUAUGAACUAUUUGUAAGUUAAUUCUUCUAUCUAGAACAAUUUAGCUUAAUGUAAGCGUCCACAGGCCUGCAGCAUAGACAUCGUGCGCAUUCCGUAUGACGUCAUCAGCACGCAUCGCAUGUAGGCAUUGCCGAUGAUGCGGUCCGUCCGUACGAUGCGGAUCAAUGGACGCAGUUGUAUGAGUUUCUAUACAAGACAAACUAAAAUCCGUUGCGUGUGGUGCGUACGAUGCGGGCCUGUUGACGCGUACCUUUAAACAGUUAUCAUUGUCAAUUACUUUCCCAUCGAAUCCAUUAUAAUUUCAUUAAUGACAAAACAUAAAACUAUCGACGAUAAUCUUAUCGAUAUCGACAUUUCUAACCUAGAAGCAUGCGCGACACUAUUUAUACUAAGUUUUAUUUUAUAAUUAAUAUUUUCUUAUAAAUUCUCAAUUCUAUAUGGCCUAUGAUAGUUGAUUCAGCAAUAAAUACAUUGUUAUUGUAAAUAGUACUCUAUUGCUUUCAUAUUGCAACGCUUUUUGUAAAUUUUUGUUCGUCUCGGACACGCGAUACGCACGAUAGAGCCAAGGACUUAGAAAUAAUAUUGUUACAUUCAUAAGUACGUAUACUAUACUACAAGCAGAUCAAGCAUCCCAAUGUUUAAACGAAUUUCAACCUUCUCACUUUUAUAUUAAAGUUGAAAUUCAACUUCUUUCAAAUGUUUACAACAUUUUUCAUCGGGUGAAGAUAUUCUGUUCAAGAAAUCUUUAGAGGAUUUUUAACCUUCACACUUUGUGUCAAAGCUGAAAAUCAUUUAAACGAUUAAUUCAAUCUUCUUUGGAUUACAGUUGAUAUUUUCACCAAGAAUUCUUCAAAAGAUUUUCGACCUUAAACGAUUAGUUAUACAGUAGUGGGAUGGUUCGCGAAUUUAUCGAGUAUUAAAAUUAAAAAAGAAAUGUUAUUAUAGUGAAUAGUUGGUUUUAGACGGCAGCUGUAGCGUUGAACUUCGUAUACUCAGUAUAACAGUGGCAUUUCAACAUUCUGCCAUGCGAUUUUCACCUUUAUUCCUUUAAACAUAAAGACUAAUAUAACUGCAAAUAAAAGUUGGCAAAGAUUUGCUAACAGUGUAGUUCUUUUGUCUACGUGUUAAGACUCAAAUUAUAUUGACACAAUAUGUUGUGUUACUGAUGUGACUGCUAAUUAAAGUUGGCAAGUAAUAUAACACUUAAGUCAACGCAAUAAGAAUCAAAUUAUAUUAAAAUAAUAUGUCAUAAAACUAAUGUAACUGCACAUAACUGUUGCAAAGAUUUGCAGUCCGUUAUAACGCUUAAGUCUACGCAAUAAGGCUCAAAUUUCAUUUUAAAGUUUGUUGAAAUGUCAAAUGUUAGUAUGAGUAAGGUUUUGUAAAAUAUGACAAGUUUUCUAUAAGAUUAUCUUCGUCACCGUUGGACCUGCAUCGACUUUAGACAAAUACAUCGGAAAUCAUGUUUUUAUUGUAUCUCUUAAUACCCGUAGUAACUGUAUAGGUUUUAGGCGAAGGAAGUUGAUGAAUGUGCAAUUUUGGAACGUAUUGUUAAGGUGUGUAAGGGUGGUUUUGCAUUGAGUGUUGUUUUUGCUAAGUUUGUGAUGGUAAAGGCCGUUAGAGGCGCUAGUGUCUCUUUAAAGGUCUUUAGGCUGUUUGCUAAUGACACACAUCAAGACAUCAACAGCCUAUAAGUGGCCACUGCUAACCAAAGGCCUCUUCUCGGACGGAGAAGGUUUGAGCAUGAAUCACCACGUUUGCUCAAUGCGGGUUGGCGAUUUCAAACUUAUAAUUAGAAAUUAUAAGCCCAAGUUUCCUCACGAUAUUUUCCUUCACCGUUUGUCAGUGGUGUCUAAAUAAAGAAAUGUGUAAAAAAGUCUGCUAAUGGCAAUGGGUGAGAAAUCAGCUUCUGGAUGACUAAAUUCGAUUCUCGUCCGUGUCAAGUAGUCGUGUCAGCGUAGGCACACUGGUUUCUCUACUACAAACGCACUUGUGUUGUGAGGCCGAAGGCGAAGGAAAAUAAAACGUAAAUCAAUAGACAAUAAAGUCCAAUUUCCUUUAUCUAUUUGUACUUUAGAAAAUAAUAAUACUCAAUGCAAAAUUCACUUAUUGAAAGAAAGUUGGCCCGAUAGUAUGAAGUAAUGUAGUUUCUAUGUAAAUCUCUCUCAUACAAACUAGGGUCCUUCUAAAUCCUGUACUCUUUAUAUGCUACAGUAGUUGAGAUGUAGAGCUACUUUCCUCGCGUAAUAUCCCGACAAUUCUGAAUCUAUUGUCGAUUUUAAUUUUUCGAGACUAAGAAAUUUCACAGACGUAAGAGGGUGCUUUUCCACCAGAGAUGUGCUAUGUAACUAUGCUACGAAGAUGUAAUAGUUAAGCUGUGAAACUUUGUGACCGUUUCCACUGAUACUAAGCUAUGUAGCUGUGCGAGGAAGAUGCGCAGCUCGAGUAUGCGAUGUAUAGGUAGUAGGGAAGCCAUCGAUGUAUCGAGGCAGUAGGCUCACCCCUAAUUCAUAGGACUCAUAGCAAUGGGCGUCACAUUCUAGAUGUUCCACUCCUUCAGGAAUUAAAGCGUAUUGCUGCAUUUAUGUUAAGAACGCUUCUCUCUGUACUAGACAACAUCAUAACAUAUCGUUCACAAAACACGGGAUAUUACUCUUUCUGCCUACCCAUUAUUCUGAUUCAGUUGCCGUGAUGGCUCGCCCACUUGUACUGCGAUGUCCACGGGACUCUAAACUACACCCUGUUAGUCGGUAGGUGCUUAAAUUUCUAAGUCCGUCGUCUCGUCGGUUCAAAAUGUUAAAAUUUAGCGAAAAGACUGACAAGUGAACGAAAUCAGACGGAAUCGACGGUCGCGAGCAAAUAUUAUGAAUUAUUCAAUCACAUAGACUUAUUUAAUUACAUAGUUAUAACUACCAUGUUGUAUAUUUAAAUAAAAAAUUAAAUUAU